AUGAAAGCAAAGGUAUCAAAUUGUUUGGGUAAUGGCAUGUCUUCUGGAAACACAAUAUCUAUUUCAAAAAUAGUGAGCACUAAUAGAGAUUCAAAUAUUAGUUUCGCUUCCCAGCUCAACCUUUAUACAGAACCUGGCACCCUCAAAUUAGCCCCCACUAGUUCUAGUGGGAAGCAGGCAAAUAAUGAAUGUAGAAGGCAAGAUAUGGAAUCUGCCACUAAAUGUGCAAGGACAAGAUAUUAUGGUACUUGUGUACUUAUUACCAAUAUCGUGAGCAAACAUCAUACUAGGGUCAACGUGGUUAGAAAUUUGAGACCUUAUGUGGCAGAUUAUGCAGCUUUGACACUUAAUUUUCCACCAAGGAAAGUUCCUCACCGUACAAGGAGAAUGAGCCGAGUCAGCCACACAGGCUCAGCUACACCAUCUCAGAAUAUUGAAUAA